UUGACCGACUUCCUUUGUGUGAUUUCGUAACAAUGAGGUACAUACAUGGCCUGUACAUGGUUUUUGGUCAAAGACCCAACCAUAGAAGGCUGCGAUAAUCCCACACCAUCUCAAGGCUAUCCAAGACAGAUUGCGACCGCUUGACGCUUACCAGCGAUAUUCGAACUGAGCAGCGGCUGAAGUCGUCAAUUGAGUCCCCACGGAUCAUCCAAACCCCCGCAUCUGCGAAUGGCUGGACCUUGAUCAGCUCACAUCACCUGCUGUGCUCCAGCAAUACGGCGCCAUCAUGAGCGACCUCCAGCGAGCUUGGGCAAAAUCCAAGCUUGGGCUUGCCCCCGAGCCCUUUGAGGAGCUGGACGAGGCUGAGGAAGACCAGGUGCCGGAGCUGCCAGAGGGGCUGGACGACGACUCGUCCUCGGCCUCUUCGGUCUCCUCCACGGGAACGAUUAUCCCGACGCCGAGCCAGAAGCUCUUUGCUCGCCCCCAAGGCGUAGCGAGGGGCCGGACGCUGGAGCAGAUUCCAUGGACAACCUACUUUGAACGAGAGCUGUUUCUCAAGUCGGAUACCAACCCGGAGGUUACUUACCAUGUAUACCUCAACUCGCCGGUGGAUAAGGGGCCAUUGUACGUGAUGCAUCAUGGUGCUGGAUCUUCGGGAUUGUCCUUUGCUCUGGUAGGCUCUGAGAUACGGAAACGACUGCCGAAUGCUGGCAUCCUGGCAGUCGACUGCAGAGGCCACGGCUCUACUACUGCGCCUGAUGGUGCGGCUCUGGAUUUGAGACUUGAUACGCUGUCAUCUGAUCUAUUUGCCAUGCUGGAGGCAACAAAAACACAAAUGAGCUGGCCAGAGUUGCCCCCAAUAGUCCUCGUGGGUCACUCAUUGGGCGGCGCUGUCGUCACCGACCUGGCCAUGUCUGGGAAGCUGGGCACCUCCCUCCUAGCAUAUGCGGUCCUAGAUGUCGUCGAGGGCUCUGCAAUGGAUGCACUUCAGAGCAUGCAGACGUACCUGUCCACGCGACCAGGGGGGUUUGCAACUGUCGAGUCGGGCAUCGACUGGCAUAUCAGAACCCGGACUAUCAGAAACUCAGUCUCCGCUAGAGCCUCGGUGCCAGCGCUACUGGUUUGGGAUGAGAGCAAAGAUGUAUCUCGCCCCUGGAGAUGGAGAACAAAUCUCGCGGCUACGCAGCCGUUUUGGGAAGAUUGGUUUGUGGGUUUGAGCAAGAAGUUUCUGGGGGCUCGUGGGGGAAAGCUGUUGCUGCUUGCUGGCACGGAUCGACUGGACACUGAGUUGACAAUUGGGCAGAUGCAAGGAAAAUACGCUCUCCAAGUAUUCCCCGAUGCUGGGCAUUUUAUUCACGAAGAUAAACCAGAGCAGACGGCCAUCUCUCUGGUUGACUUCUAUCGGCGAAAUGACAGGAGUGCGUUGGUCCUGCCACCAAAGGUCUCUGAGCUCCUGAGGCAGGGCAAGAAAGUAUAAGUCAUCGACAAGAUAAAUGAAGAGAAGAGGAUUGUACGCUUGACGGUGGAGAAAUUGCUUCUAGGCGUUUGAAAAGAACUAGCAACUGCAUAUACUUUGGUGCUCACGCCCCCUAUUUAACGCCCCCAUAUAGAAUGUUGACGAUAUCAAGGGAGCAACUGAACAGUCAGUGGCAUGCUGCAAUUACUCGAUGUGGAUCUAGAAUAAGGUGGCUAUGAAUAAUGAAUGUUAUUGUCAUUAUGUGUUUCACAGAAGAAUGAGUUGUUGAGCCAUCAUCAUCAUCACAAAGCAGAAG